UGACAAUUGACAUUGAACAUGAUGAUGAUGUUGGGUGUGAAAGCAUAUGAAAUGCUCAAUUGAGUUCAAAGUGUGUCUCUAGUUUUUUAUUUUAUUUAAUUUAUUUAUUUAUUAAUGGUGAUUUACGCACACUGGGCACUGUUACUAAGUUUAACCUUUAAAGAAUUCUAUUUUUUAGAGUGACACAACAGAUAAGAGAAAAAUCAGGUUUAAAAUCCAGCAAUUUUAUAUUAAAAAAGCAAAUAUCGCCAAACAAACAGCAGCCGUCAAACGGCUUUCAGCACCCUGGACAGCAGCAGCUCAUUAUUUAUUCAAGCAACACAAGAGGAUUUUUUAUUUCGGUGACAUAUUCUUUCAUGUAAGAUGGUCUGGUCACACCGCCAGGUGGCAUAAAACGAACAAAAAAUGCCCUUCACCUUGUAAAUCAACUUUCAGUCGCUCUAAGAGCGUUAUUUGUCUGUUAUUCGUUAGAAAUGUUCUAAAAGCUAAGAAAAGUUGCAGGCACACAAAACACAUCGCAAACGAAAAGAAAGUUUGCACUAAAUCUGCAUUUCAACAGUACAAUUAGUCAAAUCUGCAUUUCAACAGUACAAUUAGUCAAGACACCCAGUGCGCAUGCGUCUAGUGGACCGUGUACCCCCUGCUUGCAGCUCGGGGGCGCACCAUUGACAAGUUACUCGCGUGCACUUCUCAUACUGUGCAGUGUGCAUUGAACACCUGUAAGAUGUGCAUGGAGACAACAGCUGGGUGGAAAUCACGAGGUGCCAUUAAGCCGAUGCAAAUCCUCUAAAAUCUCAUCAUAAUGACUAAUUGGACAAACGUGUCCAGCUGCCUGUUCAGCAUCACUUUAUGCGCUGAGGACAUUAUGGAUAGUAAUGCAACUGCUGAGGACUUUGAGUACCCGGUCCAUCUCUUCCCAGUCCCUAUCCUGACUGGGAUCACAGUGACGUGCUCUUUCCUGUUCCUCGUCGGAAUCGCUGGGAACCUGUUGACCUUCCUGGUGGUCACUAAAUACAAAGACAUGCGAACCACCACCAACCUUUACCUCUGCAGCAUGGCACUUUCAGACCUGCUCAUUUUCCUCUGCAUGCCCCUCGACCUGUACCGGGUCUGGCGGUACCGACCGUGGAACUUUGGCGACGAGCUGUGCAAACUCUUUCAGUUCGUGAGUGAAAGCUGCACGUACUCCACCAUCCUCAACAUCACCGCGCUCAGCGUGGAGAGAUACUUCGCUAUCUGUUUUCCCUUCAGGGCGAAAGUCAUCGUUACGCGGGGUCGGGUAAAAGGGGUGAUUAUACUCCUCUGGACUGUGGCUCUGUGCAGCGCGGGACCCAUAUUCAUUCUGGUUGGGGUCGAGCACGAGAACGGCACCAACCCCUGGGAGACCAAUGAGUGUAAAGCCACCGAAUAUGCCAUCCGCUCCGGACUGCUUACUAUGAUGGUGUGGGUCUCCAGCGUGUUCUUCUUCCUCCCGGUGCUCUGUUUGACAGUGCUAUACAGCCUCAUAGGCAGAAGACUGUGGAGAAGAAAGGAGAAUCCUGUCGGACCCAUUUCGAGUCGGGAAAAGAACAAUAAACAAACGGUCAAAAUGCUGGCUGUGGUGGUUCUUGCGUUCGUUCUCUGCUGGCUGCCGUUCCACGUCGGGCGUUAUCUCUUCUCCAAGUCAUCGGAGGCCAAUUCUCCUCUCAUCUCCCAAAUCAGCGAAUACUGCAACCUGGUCUCAUUCGUGCUGUUUUACCUCAGCGCCGCGAUCAACCCCAUCCUCUACAACAUCAUGUCAAAGAAGUACAGGAGCGCAGCGUGCAAACUGUUCGGAGUGAAGCGCGCUCCCGGACGAUCAGUGCAGAGCAUCGUGAACGCGGAGAGUGUUUCAGUUUGGAAUGAAUACAGCUGGAGCACGUGA